CAUGUGCUUUUUUACAAAAUGGCGACCAAAAUACUGACGCACCGGCGCAUUUUAGAAUGUGCCCGCAAUUUACGCUUCACGAGUCACUAUCCCAAGCUGCUUAACCCGGACAUAGAAUCCGAGUACGUGUACACCGAUGAACCCAAGUAUCCAACGAUCCUAGAUACCUCUUACACAGCCACCAAGAGGCGCGAGAGAGAAGAAUGGCGAGAGAGCAUCAAGGCGAUGCCCACUGUCCAACAGAAACUGGGGAAGAUGACCGAAUUGGGUCUACAGUUCUGUUACUUGGCUCAGCCGGAUACCCUAUACUACAACUGCCUCCCCGCGUACCAGUACGCAACGCGGACACACCUGAUCGAAGGUCUGCCGGAUGUGUACGAGAAAAUCGACGUAGAGGACGCGUACGCGCGACUCAAACCGCACCUCGUCGAUGCUGUCGCCUCAGAGCUGGAAAUGCUCGAAAGUGGCGACAAAUGCAGGGGGAAAACAUCCGAGUCCGUAAAGCAGGAGAAAAUAAUCGCCAGGGUCUUGUCGGUGCUGUUGAGAGGCUUGGCGAAGGACGCGCCUCACCUUCAGACCUCGCAGGUGGAUUAUAGGCCGCGUUGCGACGCCUUCUGGAAGCAUGCCCGAUACUACCCCAACGAGAGGAGACGAUUCAAAGACCAGGACACCAUAACCAUGAAUUUGCAGUUCAUGGAUAAACCUGAUGCUCAAGUCAGGAUUACAGAGCCACUUCCUGCUAUAGUGAGCCUGGACGACCCACUCGUGUGCAGCCAAGAGGUUCCAGAUUUUCCUUACCAUCCUUCUUACAUGAAGUUCAAGUGGAAAAAGAAGUAUCAGACGAGUUUGCCUGGUACUUGGCCACUCCACGAGUGCAACUUUCCUUUGCUGACCAUACGGCAGCGCAGUCAGUUGAUUGGCCACCACGAUUCUCCGUUCAAAACGGCUGAAGAGGUGCAGGAUGCUGCAAAUGCCGCAGCCAUACUAUCGGGUUUUGGUUGGCUGAAUGGAGUGGCAACACAGUUGGGCUUCACGAUAUAUCACGAUCCUACGUAUCCUCUGGUCAGCCAUGUUGUCAAUACAGAUGGACAACACUGGACGUUUGCAGUCUACCAGCUAAACACACUUCGUUUCCAUUACGACUGUUACGAAAGCAAUCCACUUCGUAACCUGUGCUGGUCGUCCGGCAAUCUACGUCUCUUCGAAGCGUACGAGAACGGAGAACUGAAAGGCAUUGACGACAGUGUGUUUAAACUCCUGCUCCGGUUCCUGCUUCGCCAACCCAAAGCACCUGAAGGGAUCGAGCUUCGUCCGUAUCUAGGUGUGGACACCAGACCCGAAGAAGAGAGGCAAGAACAACUGAAGUACUGGAUGAGGACCUACGACUGCCGCUUCCAACUGAGAACUGCUAUUGAUAGAGAAGUGCCGAUGUGGGUCAAGAUCUACAAAUGGCACGAAGAUGCUCCACCCACACCACACAUCAACCUGAAGUAAUAUGUUCUCCUGCGUGAAUGUAUAGCUGUAUUGCUUUUGUUUCAUUUUUCUCAAGUAAAGUUUAUGAUAUGUGAAGAGGAAA